UGUCGAUUGUUUUGUCUCGAAUUUUGGUUGCAAGGGCAAUGAAUGAUGCAUCUCAAUGAAACAGAGAGAGAGAGCGAAAAUGGAGGAUCGUGUGGGGCAGUGCCGCGUGGAAGGCCAUUGCCAAAGCUGGGGAAGCAAGAAAAGGAUCGAAUCACCAUUUCCCACAUGUCAGGUCAACAGAAUGGAUUUUCAAACGAACAAAAAAGUCGUCAGCUUUGUUAAUUUCUUGAGAAAAUCAUCAGGAGAAACUGAAAAGAAAAGGGGAAUAUAUGGAGAAUCAUGAGGAGGUUGAAGGUGAGGAAGAAUAUGAAGUGGGACCCAAUACCGUGGAGGAAGAAGAAAUUGGAUUUGUGGGUUCGAGCUUGACUUUGGAGAAGGUUGCUGCAGCCAAACAGUAUAUUGAGAAUCAUUACAAGGCUCAAAGAAAGCACAUUCAAGAACGCAAAGAGAGGCGCUCCGUGCUUGAAAAGAGGUUGGCAUCUUCAGAUGUCUCAGAAGAAGAACAAAUUAAUCUAUUGAAGGAUUUGGAACGCACAGAGACUCAAUACAUACGACUGAAAAGGCAUAAAAUUUGUGUUGAGGAUUUCGACCUUUUGACAAUUAUUGGGCGAGGUGCUUUCGGGGAGGUCAGACUUUGUCGGGAAAAGAAAACAGGGAACAUAUAUGCCAUGAAGAAGUUGAGAAAAUCAGAAAUGCUCAGCAGAGGACAGGUUGAACAUGUCAGAGCUGAAAGGAAUUUACUUGCAGAAGUUGCGAGUCACUGCAUUGUGAAACUCUAUUAUUCCUUCCAAGAUGCCGAAUACUUGUAUCUGAUCAUGGAGUAUCUUCCAGGAGGUGACAUGAUGACUUUACUGAUAAGGGAGGAAACUUUGACGGAAACUGUGGCCAGAUUUUAUGUCGCCCAAAGUGUUUUGGCUAUAGAGUCAAUUCAUAAACAUAACUACGUCCACAGAGACAUAAAACCUGAUAACCUUCUACUGGACAAAAGGGGUCAUAUGAAACUUUCUGAUUUUGGUCUUUGCAAGCCUCUUGACUGCACAAAUCUAUCUGCUAUAAAUGAAAAUGAAGUCCUUGAUGAUGAAAACUUGAACGACACAGUGGAUAUGGAUGAGAGCUUUCCAGGUAAAAAAAACGGGAGGCGCUGGAAGAGCCCCCUUGAACAACUUCAGCAUUGGCAGAUUAACAGAAGGAAACUGGCAUUUUCCACGGUCGGCACUCCAGAUUACAUAGCUCCUGAAGUAUUGUUAAAAAAAGGAUACGGUGUGGAAUGCGACUGGUGGUCUCUUGGUGCAAUAAUGUAUGAAAUGCUUGUUGGUUAUCCACCAUUUUAUUCUGAUGAUCCAGUGACAACAUGCCGAAAGAUUGUGCAUUGGAAAAAUCACUUAAAAUUCCCUGAUGAGAUAAGAUUAUCACCUGAAGCAAAAGAUAUGAUCAGUAGGCUGCUUUGCGAUGCUGAGAAUAGGCUCGGUUCUGGAGGUGCAGACCAAAUCAAGACUCAUCCUUGGUUCAAAGAUACCGAUUGGGACAAACUCUAUGACAUAGAUGCAGCGUUUAAGCCCGAGGUCAAUGGGGAACUUGAUACUCAGAAUUUUAUGCAAUUCGAUGAGGUUGAUCCACCGCCAACUAGAUCUGGAUCUGGACCAAUAAGGAAGAUGUUGUUGACUCCCAAAGAUCUCAGUUUUGUUGGUUAUACAUACAAAAAUUUUGAAGCCGUCAAAGGGCUACACCAUUCAUUUGAUGUGAAGUCAAACACUGCCCCCAUUCGAACGUCGUCUGUAGACUCAACUAAAAGUGACUCGGCAUUGGAUAACUACACAACCACCUACUCAAGAGAUGACAUGGAAGCCAUAUUGGCAUCAUCCGGGGAUGCUUUGUCACAGUAAAAAUAUUAAAGAGGCCAUCUGAAGAAGAUAAUGGCUUAUACUUAAAAGCACCUGUUUAUUUCUUCAGUGGCAAAGGAAUUUCAAAGUUCCAAAUUGUUUUGCAAAGUUCAUGUACAGAUUUUUUGGUUUAGGAACUCAAGAUCUCCCCCUCCAAAUGGCUGCUUUGGAGCGUGUGAGAUUUUGAGUUUUUUGUUCCUGAGGCCUUGACUGCCUAGGUUGGCUGAUAAAAACUAGCCUUCUCUUGUGGCCGUUUCUUGGGCCUUUUUUUUUUUUUUUUUUUUGCCUCGUUCUUCUCUCCCUUUGUAUUUGAGAAAUUGUAUUGCUGCAUUAACAAUCCAUAAAGCUUUUGGUGUCUCAUGUAUCAUUUUCAUUUUUUUCGCAAGUUGUUCAUAAUAUCCCCAUCUG